UCGAUAGGGAGCACGACGACGAAGAGAAAAACAGAGAGGGAAAAAAUAGGGGGAAAACCAAGAAAAAUAUCACCUCCUCUUCCUCCGUUCCCCUUCUCGAUCCCCACGAGAAAUUAUCCCCCAAAUCUUUCGAUCUGUUCUACCCAAUCCACCGAUCCGUCGAUCGAUCCGUUCGUGGAUUCGGUUUGCUGGGGUUCCGAUCUGGUCUUCGCCUCGCCAGAGGAGCCGGAGGAGGGGGAGGAAAUGAACGGCGCCGGGGGCACCCACCAGCAGCAGCAGCAACGGCUCCGGCUGCAGCAGCAGCAGCAGGCGCUCCUGAUGCAGCAGGCGCUGCAGCAGCAACAGCAGCAGUACCAGUCCGGCGUCCUUGCCGCCGCAGCAGCGGCGGCCAUGACUCAGAUGGAGCCUAUUUCUAAUGGCAAUCUUCCACCUGGGUUUGAUCCAUCCACAUGUCGCAGUGUGUAUGUGGGAAAUGUAAACCCUAAUGUCACUGAGAGCCUUCUGAUUGAAGUUUUCCAGAGUGCCGGCCUUGUGGAAAGAUGCAAGCUCAUCCGAAAAGAGAAGUCCUCCUUUGGGUUUGUUGACUACUAUGAUCGGAGAUCUGCAGCUCUAGCAAUCAUGACCCUUCAUGGCCGUCACAUAUAUGGACAAGCAAUCAAGGUGAACUGGGCUUAUGCAAGUACGCAGAGAGAGGAUACAUCCGGGCAUUUCCAUAUUUUUGUUGGUGAUUUAAGUUCUGAAGUGAAUGAUGCUACUCUUUAUGCCUGUUUCUCAGCAUAUCCUUCUUGUUCUGAUGCUCGAGUCAUGUGGGACAACAAAACCGGACGCUCCAGAGGUUAUGGUUUUGUCUCCUUCCGUAAUCAACAGGAAGCUGAAAAUGCUAUAACUGAAAUGACUGGAAAAUGGCUUGGAAGCAGACAAAUAAGGUGCAACUGGGCGACAAAGAACAAUUCAGAAGAGAAACAAGAAACUGACAAUCAGAAUGCAGUUAUACUAACAAAUGGUAGCUCCGGUAAUGCAGCAACAGACUCAAGCCAGGAUGCGGGAAGUAAAGAGAACCCAGAGAACAACCCUGAUUGUACUACGGUAUAUGUUGGCAACCUCGGACAUGAGGUUAACCGAGAUGAGCUUCACCGCCACUUCUAUAACUUAGGGGUUGGGGCAAUUGAGGAAAUUCGUGUUCAACAGGAUAAAGGGUUUGGAUUUGUGAGAUACAGCACCCACGGUGAAGCAGCAUUAGCUAUUCAGAUGGCCGGUGGAUUGGUAGUCCGUGGGAAACCAAUUAAGUGCUCAUGGGGUAAUAAACCAACUCCACCUGGGACUACUUCCAAGCCACUGCCCCCUCCAGUUGCUCCAUAUCAGCCUGCUGUAGCGAUGCCAGGUGUCCCGCAAGGCUUCACAGCAGCUGAGCUUCUGGCUUAUCAGAGGCAGCUUGCAGCUGGGCAGAUCGCUGGCCAACAAGGUCUCGCAGGUCAGGUAUCUGCAGGGCUUCUUGCUGCUGGUUCUCAGGCCCUCUACGACGGCUACCCGAAUCAGUCAUCCGCCCAGCAGCUUAUGUACUACAACUAGGGUUCCUUAAAGAGGAAGGCAAUCUGUAGUGGUCAGCUUGUUUGAUGCAAGCCUGGCCUUCCUCUUCAUGUUACAAAUUUCUGGUUCCUGUACUAUGUGCUUGAGAGUUUUUCUUGUUCUCUGCUUGCCGCGGGAUUGUGUUAUUAUCCUCUUACUGUACCAUUGACCAUUUUUCUUGUCAAAUUUCGUUGAGUAGUUCACUUUAACAGAGUAAGAGAUGUAUUCGAUGUGAAUUUGCGAUUAAUUAAUGUAAUGCUCUUCUGAUGCCCCCUGAGGAUGGGCUUCGGUUGCUAGGCUGGUUCAUGAUC